AUGCCUGGGGACUCUACUUCACUACCAACAACUUCACCAAUACAAACUGAAGCACCAAAAUUGAAGAAAUCACUGCAAAAAUGCAAGAGAGAAUUGUCUGAUAAUGAUACUGACAAGAAGAAACCUAACAAGCGAACAAAGAAACGAGAGAACAGGGACUCGGACUUGACCCAACAACGAGAAGCAGCUGAAAAGGCUGACUACAUCAAGGAUAAACAGAAGCAGCAUGACUGUGAAGCCAUCUUGAAGAAUGUCUCAAAGGAUGUAGAGGCUUGGACGAUCCGAACCUAUAAGACAAUCACUGCUGCUGCACCAUACCUGCUCCAACACUGCUCAAUUGCAACAAGAAGAAGUGGGAAGAACUCGAGGGGCUUCUCGCUGAGAUGCAAGUAA